AACCAACCACCGCGGUCACAUCUCCUCUGCUAAAUCCUACAUUGCCAACAGCAAUGUUUUUAUAUAGCAGUGAGGGAUAAAAUGGAAUCGGUAGUGCGGGUUAACAUGAAAUCUAAAAAUUGUUACAAAAUUUUCUCGUCAACUUAUUGGGGUAAGAUGGGAAAUAAUUUAAUUAGUUGUUGAAGAUAACGUGCGCCACAUUUGUAGUAUUGCUGGUAUAUGUGGUUGUAUGGACUAAAUUCAUCGACUGCGGUUGAUGCUUGAUAAAAGUACAAGUUUUUUCCAUACGUGCAGCAACAAUUUUGCAGGUUACUCAACGCGAUUCACUUUAUUCGUACCUUGGUUUAUAAUUAGAUCAGCACCUGUGAUUCUCUUUUAGGCGAAAGUUUUCGAACGAAAUCAUGGACAAGUCUAUGAAAAAAAGAAAUGUACCACCUCUCAUAGAAAAAGUUUUAGCCAUCGAUGUUUACUUAACUAAUCUCCUAGUCAAGUGGAUUGAACAAUUUUUAGCCUUUAGGCAGCUAAGAACUCACUAUAGAUUGUUAGAGAUUUCUUGUCAUGGCUUGAUCUGGCUCCCAUGUUGGAUUGGCUUUGUGUGGAUUCUAAGCAGUCAAAACUUGUACCAAAUGCAAGUCAAUUUUUUCAUUGGUCUAAUUCUAGAUAUUAUAGUGGUUGCUACAUUAAAAGCAGUUACCAGAAGACGCAGACCUGCUGCAACAGUUUCAAAUAGUAGUUCAUUUGAUAUUGGACCUGAUAAAUUUUCAUUUCCAUCUGGACAUGCAUCAAGGGCCUCGUAUAUUGCCUCUUUCUUUUUAUUCAAUUGGCCAGUACAUUUUAUAUUUGUGCCGCCUCUGUUGUGCUGGGCUUCCAGUGUUUGUAUCUCAAGAAUUUUAGCAAAAAGACACCAUCUUCUUGACAUUGUUGUUGGGGCGUUCUUAGGUUUUGUUGAAUCUUGCUUCAUUGGUUUAAUUUAUUUGGAAAAAGAUACAUGUACAAAUAUAAUAUCGUGGCUUACUGAUGAAAAGUUGGAUGGAGGAGAAUAUCACGUUUAAAAAUAUUAUACGAUCAUACUAUAUUAAUAUGCACA